AUGGCACUGGAACUCGAAGGGCUAAUUGCGCGUUUGUUGCUGGUUGUCUCAUGCGCUGGUGAACAGGGCCUUUCAACAUCGCAAUUCAUCGAUGCCGCAAAAUUGGCACUCUCUCCGCCGGAUAACACGACGUCUCUUCAAAGAGACAGAAGGCUUCAAGACCCAAUAUUCAUAUUAUCGGACUAUGGAGUCGGCACAAUUUGGAGAUGGCUAGUCCAACGGACAGACAUAUCAAUUGGCCCUCAGAGGAAAUAUAACCAUCUAAUGUUUGAAGAAGUAUUGGCGCUAGAAGAACUCGGCAAGGAUGGAUAUAACAACCGGCAUGGGCCAGCCCGCCAAAACGCGCACGACAGUCAUUUAACUUCACUAGAACGCAGUGCUCAAGACGAUAUCCGGAUUUACGUCUCGCAGGAAACAAUGUGGGAGGCGAUUACUGGGCAUGCAGUGGAUUACAAGCGUGUCCCUCGUUCCGAAUGGCUUCUGCUUCUCGGAAUCGCCUCAACAAAAGCGCAGGGCAUACUGCAAGGUGACCUUGGCCGUCUGGUUGAUCAGGAUAAACGCUCAGUGCCAAAGCGAACGGAUGCGCUGGUCAAGAAAGGAUACAUUACGAAACGAACAACUCUUGUUCGGGGAACAAAAACCAGCAAAAUGUGGUUGAAGCUAUUUUCUCCCCCACUCCCAAAAGACAGGAGUGCGACUGCGGAACCGGAGGCAGAAAUGAACCUAUCGCGCCAAGUCCUUGCCGCCAACCUUGAUGCCGUUCCUUGGCACACGAGAUGGACUGGGGAAUCUGUCGACUAUACAGCUUUAGCAACCACCAUAAUGGCCAUUUGUAAGGAAUGGGAUGUCUUACGCAUGCAGGAUUUGAAAUCAAAAUUGGGUGUCCUUGGCAUGCGAUGGCAGAUGAAAGUUGUUUCCAAAGUCUGCCGUUUCUUGAAUGCGCGAGACGCAAUUAGGACAACCGAAAUACACAACCAAGAUGGCCACGAUGGCGCCGGUUCACUUCUGGGCCAGCUUGCCUCCUCGAAAUGCCUAGGUGUCGCUCCACCAUGGUCGGCAGAUCAACCGCUUGCACUUAUCAUUGCAAAAAGCAUAAUGGCAUGCGGAGAGGCAGGAUUGACGAACCCGGAUGUAUACGGGCUAACCCUAGGUGCAUCCUUUACACGUUUCUUAUCUUCGUUGACCACAUGCAUUUCCACGACAAACAUUCAACCUGUUCAGCUACAGUACCUACAAGUAAGGAGUGAGCACUCCAGAGCUGGAAAAGUCGCAUCAUAUAGGUACUCCAUGUCAACUACCCUACCGGCUCUACCCGAUACUAUGUCGGCCGGUAGUGAUCAGCACGAGCGACAGACCAGACAAACCCGCACUCCCGUAUCGUAUGGUUUCCCCCAGGCAGCACACCCCAUCGGAAGUUCAAAGCUGGCCAUCCUAACGCAAUCCAACUUGUCCCAAAGGAGACAGAGGGGUAGGCCUCGAAAGAUGAGAUCAGAACAUCCGGCCGAUACGGAUACUGAUCGUAACAAUAUCCCACAGACGCCGGAUGUCAGCAACGAGGAUCUUAGUCGUCCAGAAGAAGACAGCCAACUCUGUACAAGAGACUCAAUGAUCAUCAAGUUGAGAUUACCACAAGAGACGCUGAAGGGAGUAGUGAAUCUAUCUUCUAUAUGGGAUGCGCCCACUCAAGAAAUCUCCCUCCAACACUCAAAACUGCCAUCAACAGAAGCAGGGAAAGGGGAAUGCCAGUCAAUGGAAGGCGACUUAGACUUACCGGCGCCGGAUAUAAUUACAUCACAGCCUUCUGAUUCGACUAUUCCUAUAGAAUCCUCUCAGUCUGCGGGACGGGGCCGGGGACGGGGACGGGGCGGAGGCCGAGGCCGAGGCUCUGGUCGCCCUGGUAACUUAGAAGUUGAGUCUUCCAACAAUGACACAGGCACAAGUAAAAGAUGGAAGUGCGAUAACUGUGGCAAAACCUGGAAAAAUGACAUUGGCCUUAAAUAUCAUCUCGAGCGGUCCCAAACCUCUUGUAAUCCAUCUUAUUCCCCCUUCAAUCUUGAUGGACUUCACCGAGAGAUGAAGUCUUCCCUUCGAUCCGCGAAAACAGCUGAAUCAUCUGAGAGAGUCAGUAAACUGCCCGCUCGAUCAACUCGCGGCUCACGGUAUAAUGAACCAACUAAGACGACCGACGAAGAAGAGAGAGCGAAAAGAGGAAAGAGGGAACAUGAACACGGCGCCGCAAGGGUCUCACAAUCCAACGUUUCACAAAAAAAAACUAAUGAUGAGGAGAGUAGAUAUUCACGAGGUGUGGUAUCAGCGACUACUCUGAGCCAUAUCAGCGAGAUUUACGCAAUGAAUCGACCGUCUAGUGAUCAACCUAGAUCGCAGCAUAAAAAUAUGUUGAAUAUAUCCUCUCUUCCCCAGGAACAGACUACUCUUAUGCGAGUUGAUAUAAGUCAAUCAAAUCAAGUACUUGAUCUAAAGAAUCGCAAAUAUGAUGCCAAUCAGCUAGAAAAUCUCUCUACUACUCUCACAUGGCCCAACCCAACCCAACCAGGCCUGUAUGCAGGUUUUAUGCCAUCUGUUGGCGAACCAGAUCUUCAAGAUAACUCUGGCGAAAGCUCCAAGGCUGCUGACCUAGUGCAUAUUACAGAGAAGGCAGAGGUAGGAUUGGCAACAAAUACGACAACUCGCGAACCUGCACCUGUCCACCUGGAGAAGGAGGUUCCUAAAAAGAAGGUUUCUAGAAAUGAAAUAACUGAUCAUAUCUCUACUCUGUUGAUGGAGAUGCUCAUCGAGCGGGAAGGUGUCCUCCCUGGAGGACACUCGCUUUGGCGUGCUCUCGCUGCCGUUUGGAAUACCAGAUACCCUGAGAAGCCGAUACCGAAGACAAAAGAUUAUCAGUGGGCCCUGAGCCGUAUGCUCAAAGAUAAAGCAGUUUUGGAGCAUUGGCAUGGAUUCCAAGACCACAGCGGUCUAUUCUCUAAAUGCCAAAUCUUGACACUACCGCAUCUUGAUGCAUUCUCCCCUGAGACCUUGGCUGUUGUCGAUAGUAUUAAGUUGCGACAUCCACAGCCUUUCAUACCUGCGCAAUCUCAACCACUAAGCAGCGAUACUGGACCAGGAGAGAAGAAGGAGAAUCGCCGAGGACGCCGCGUGCUUGCUGGCGAAGUUGCGCAGCUGGAUGCUCCGGUUUAUGCGGCUCAGGCUUCAGCCAAAAAGCGCCACGGAAUUAUGAGCGACACGAGUAGUCCAAAUAAGCGAAGAAAAACCGUACAAACCAGUAUAAAAAGCCAAGCUUUUACGUCUACACCAAUGCCGGCAGACGAGAAAUAUCGAGUAAGAUGGGCGUCAAACAGCCUGUUAUCUAACAGAACUAAUUUCCCCAAAUUGGACACUGCUCGUUUGAACCACGGAGCCAAAGUUCAAUUUCUAGCUCCAAAUCGAUUUCUGGAAGAUGAUUGGUGUGUGGACGGCUACCGAGUACCAGGAAAGAUAACACAACCUUUCCCAUUUAUUGAUUUGGAAACUACUCAACAGCAGCCCACUUCAGCAGCGAAGUCUACUAUUGCCGAGCCUGUGCAGUGUAUUGCGGGAAAAGAUGGAACUUGGCCAUACCUUGACCUGCAGUUCUUUGAAGAAAAGGCUAUCAACUCGAAUUUCACUAUGUUUGGAUGGAUGCCUGAUAUAGGGUGGUUUCAAUGGGCUGAUUGGGCCCAAAGUCUUGAGAAACGAAUUUCCGGAAAUGAUACUGGAACAGCCCAUGAUAUGUUUAGGGCUAGUUUACUGGACUGUUUUAGUGUAGAGGUGGCUCAAACAGAACAGUUCGUAAACGCUUUGCCGCUGGCUGCCGGCCCGCAUAACAUAUUCAUCAAUCUUUCAGUCGGACUUGAACAUGGAAUACCACCAAUGGAUUUAAGAUGGCAAUCUCAUGAGCAUCUGAACCCUCAGUCAAUUAGCAAAUCUAUUCACUCCUCAAGAUCGCUGCCCUCAAGCGAUGACAGCGACUCUGAUUUUGAUUUAGAUGCAUUUGAUCCAAAGCAUCCACAGCAGCUCUUAGGCGCUACUGAUGCAAAUCAGUCGAAGGUUAAGCGAGUGUCUUUGAUAACUCGCCCGCUCACUUCAAUAUUCCAAAGAGAAGCGUAUGCAUCAGAUGAGCUGAGAGGAAUAGGGGCGGCGGAUAGCCCGCUGACCAACCAAGAAGACCUCUUGACUGCUUUCAUUGUCGUCCGUGUCUUACUAGGAGGUGCAGACAAAGCAAUCGACUGGGGUAUAUUGCUCCACAUCUUCCCAAACACCCGGCUUGCCAGCUUGCGCAAAUUCUGGGCAACGGCAUGCAAAGAGCAGAGACCGCACAUUAAGAAACUUACGCGAGAUGUCCAGGAACGGUUGAUUGAAAGCUUUGAAAGCCAGGAGCUCCCUAUGAUUGACUUUGAAGCCCCAGUGCAUUAUGACUGGCGGACACUUAUUAAGUGGGCAACAAGAAUAUCUCGCCAGAGGAACUAUCAUAUCCCCCACACAAGAGAACUUCUUUCUAAUCGGUUCUCGCUGAUCACUACCACAUCAGCUGAGGAGGAUUGGGGCGAGAGAUUUUUCCACGCUCAAUCCUCGAUCUUUUCGCGGUUCGAGGCAGUUACAUCAGAACCCGGCGCACUUCGUGUUGAUGGCAUCUUCGAUCAAGGCAAUGAUGGUAGCAAUGUUCAGAAUUUGGACAUUGCCAGAUCUUGGAUUAAAUCACUUUGCUGCACUAGCGAAGCGAAAUACUCCGUGCGAAAAAUCAAAGACAAAUUCCUCACGUUAUCUGGAGACGGCGCAGAACGAAGCUCGCUGCUUCUCAAAGAAGCCAUUGUUCAACUCACGACCCAAAGGGUUAUAUGCAGGAGCAAAAAGACACCACUUGGAGGGCGACCUUACAGGUUAAGUGAGUGGUAUUUGUCAACGCUCACUAGAGUGGCACAGCGCUCAAAAUACCAAGAUGCAGCUGCUUUCAAAACGCAAAUGGAUGGCAUAUUCCGCACGGGAGGAAUUUUCGAGAUAUCGUACACCCUGAACGAUGGUUCCAUGAUGGCACUGACGAAUUUGAAUGCUGCGGGAAAAAUCAAACUGGUACCUCUAGAUAUACCAAACAUCCCUUUUGGAUUUGAGCCAGGUAACUAUGAAAGCCGGAAGUAUCCGAAGUCCUACUAUCAUUUUCGACUCCGCGCAAAACCCACAAACUUGUACCAGUACAACGAGGAUAUCGCUGUGCUACAAGCCGUGGCGCGGGAGAAUUUGCCCAGCACCACGAUGAAAGGAGAAAUUCCACAGUGGGUUGAUUUUUUUGGGAAAUACGAUACUAGGCGGUGGUGUGAUAUCCUCGGAGCUUUUUGUUUUACUUAUGCUACGAAAGGCCCCAUGGCGGCUAAGGAUGUAUGCAACUCUCUGAGUCCUAUUCUAGAUGAGUUUGAAGCACGGCUCAUUAUAGAAUGGGGCAUAAAAACCAAUGUUUUGGAGGAGGUUAUGGAUGGAUCCUCUGUAACUGUAGGAGAGUGGUGGUGGCUGGCUGUACCAUGGCAAUUUGAUCGGUAACGAGAGUAGGGCCGCCAGCAGAAAAAGAAGCGUUCAGGGAGCAUAAGCUUUCACGCUGUGCCGGAGUUAAUCUCAUGUCUUUUCUAUGCUGAGCGUUAAUAGCAUUUCAUCUAGGCUACCCCUCAAUUUUGAAGAUAAUCAACGUCGAAUGAAGAUAUUG